AUGCUGGGGCGGCGGCUGGUCGUCACCCGCAAGGGCUAUCUGGGCGCAGCACCGCGCUCGGCGCAGGUGGGAGACGGCGUAUAUGUGCUGGCCGGGGGCCACGUGCCAUUCGUGCUCCGAAGGGACCAGUCAGGGGGGAGCGCGCCGUCCACGUUCUGGUUGGUCGGCGACUGCUAUGUCCAUGGGCUCAUGCACGGAGAGGCGCUGCGCUGGGAGGGAUCCCGCUGGGAGGACGUGCGGCUUGUUUGA